GCUCCAUAACAAAACUAAUCUCUACCUAGGUGUUACAUGUACGCUAGCACUACGUGGCAGCACCAAACAGGUGGUGGUUUCAGAAACUGGAAGCUGCUGGGAAUGCUACACGUCACUCAAAAAAUCGUAAAGACCGUCGUGUCGUAAAAUGCAUCUUCGUGCCGCAAAGCAAGCUGUUUUUCCAACAUUUUUCCCCCACUUCUCGCCCAGGUUGUUUCCAUCCCGGCGACAUGGCCUCAGCUCCGGCACAGCAGCCCACCCUGACUGUUGAGCAGGCCAGAGUGGUGCUUGGUGAGGUUAUCCAGGCCUUCUCGGUACCAGAAAAUGCAGCACGGAUGGAGGAGGCACGGGAGAGUGCCUGCAAUGACAUGGGCAAGAUGCUGCAGCUUGUGCUCCCUGUGGCCACUCAGAUUCAACAAGAGGUUAUCAAGGCAUAUGGCUUCAACAAUGAGGGAGAAGGUGUCCUAAAAUUUGCCAGAUUAGUGAAGAUGUAUGAGACUCAGGACCCGGAGAUUGCAGCCAUGUCAGCCAAACUCAAGUCUCUACUCUUGCCACCACUAUCAACACCACCUAUAGGAGGAGCCAUACCAACAUCUUAGGAGAUAUUUACAUUCAUUUUUAUUGUCUGCAAGGUCACUUUCAUCUAUUGCUUUUGACCAACAUGUAAUCCUGUCUUUUUUCAUGAAUCAUUAUGGAAAAGUAACAUUUUAAACUGCGUGCUGCGUUAAUUGUAAAGCAGUGAAGAUGAAAUUCAUACUUGGGUCCUAUUUUUGGUUUUGUUAAAUGUAUCCUUGAGGACACUAUUACUGUAAAUUAUUGGUUUUUAAUGUUUUAGUAUUUAUUUGUUACAUAUUAUUUCUUGCCAUUGUCUCAUGUCAUUGAACCUUAAAUAUUUUCUUUUGAUGCCUUCUUUUGUACCAUUUUUAUAUUCUGUCAAAUACUGACACGUGACACUAAGUUGUACAUUAAAAUUAUUUGAGAAAUAGUUUUCUUUGA